AUGACAGAAUUUGCUUCUGGAAUCCGUGCUUUGGGAAUGACUGGGAGGGCGGAGCACCUUCUGGAAGCGCUGGGGCGAACCAGCUGGCCCAGAGAUUUUCCGUCAGUUCUGUCACUAGCAACAAAAAAGAGCCUCUUCUUCGCACGGUAUGAUCGCCUGGAGAACGCCACGCACUUCAUCCGUCGCAACGCUGGCACGCGCUUUGCGCCGCCGCUAGUCGCAGCAGCAUCCGACCCGCCUCGCUUCCCUACUGCUCCCCACAUCUCUCCCACCAUGGCCGCGUGGACCGCCGGUAUUUCCGCCGACUUGCUCGCGCGUGCGCUCUUGCCUGCUGUGGAUAAUGGCGCCUCGCGCUGCCUCGGUAUUGCCGAUUGUCGCUCGCCUCCCAGUUGCCGACCCAGUUCUACCUCGCCACCCAUUCCCACUGCCGCUCUGUUUUCGCCCGGCGCGCGCGAUUCCCCUAGUGUGUCCUGCCUCGUGUCGGUCCGCGCGCCACUGUCGCGCGUCCGUGCGAUCUCCGCCUCCGCCGCGUCCGCCAGCGAUUCGGACGGCCCAGAUCUCUCCCCACGGCCGUCCCUCCCCGAUCCAACGCCGCGCGCCGUUCUAGAUUUUCCGCCGGCCGAGGGAUUCGGGGAGGAGCUGGCGAAGCUUCUGACGAUGCUUCCGGGGAAGGUUCGCGACGUUCUGCGACGGCAUCCGGCCGUCCAUUCGCUGGUGGAGGUCGUUCUCGAUCUCGGCCGUCGCCCCGUCGCACGGUUCCCCGCGGGCGACGUUUUUCUGUGCGAAGAGGUGGUAACAGCGGGCGACAUUGAGUACUGCGUGUCGCAGGUUGGGGAGUUCGGCGCGGACAACCGCGCGGGGAUAGACCGCACGCUGCACCGCAUCAGCGCCAUGCGCAACCGCGCGGGGAGGAUCAUCGGGCUGACGUGCCGCGUGGGGCGCGCGAUUUCAGGCAGCGCGGAGAUGGUGCGCGACCUGGUCGCGGGAGGCGAGUCCGUUCUACUCAUGGGCGCGCCGGGAGUAGGGAAGACCACCGCCAUCAGGGAGGUCGCGCGAAUAUUGGCGGACGAGUGCAUGAGGAGAGUGGUGGUGGUGGAUACGAGCAAUGAGAUCGCAGGUGACGGUGACAUCGCCCAUGCCGCCAUCGGAUCAGCGCGGCGCAUGCAAGUGCCGCAUGUGGAGCUGCAGCACCAGGUGAUGAUAGAGGCGGUGGAGAAUCACAUGCCGCAGGUGGUGAUAAUCGAUGAGAUCGGGUCGGAGCUGGAGGCGGCAGCAGCGGCCACGAUAGCGCAGCGGGGCGUGCAGCUCAUCGCCACGGCGCAUGGCCGUUCGGUGGAAAAUCUUGUGAAGAACCCGCACCUGCACACACUCGCAGGGGGCGUGCAGACAGUGACGCUGGGAGACGAGGAGGCGAGGAGGAGGGGAGUGCAGAAGAGUGUGAUGGAGAGGGGAGGGCCGCCCGUGUUCCAAGCGGCCGUGGAGGUGCACUCCCGCGGGCGAUGGACCGUGCACCGCAACCUCGCUGCCACUGUUGACGCGCUGCUCUCAGGCAAGGCACCACAGGUGGAGAUACGGGAGAUGGGGCACCACGGGGAGGUGUGGGUGGAUGGUGAUGCUGUUAGCACCGGCAGACGCGGCAGCAACAGCAGUGGCGGUAUCCCUGUCGGUGGCAGCAGCAGCAGCGGCAGCAGCACUGGUUUGGCACGAACAGGCUCUUGGGACGAGCAGGGAUGGCAGGGAUAUGAGGGAGCAAUGGGAGCAAUGGGAGCAAUGGGAGCGAUGGGUGUGAGGGAGUGGGACGCAGCACAGCCCAGGGAGAGCAGCGGCAGGCAAAGAGAGAGAGGCAGUGCCGCACGGCCCGCUAAUGCACCAUCGCCCUCAGCAGCGGGGAGAUCAGCCGCCUCUCCCCUGGGCUUUGCCUCUGGCAGUGGCAGCAGCGGGGAGGGCAGCGGCAGCGACACAGACAGCGAGGGAAGCGAUGUUGAUGUUUACGGUGAUGGUGGUGGUGGGAGUGAUGCUGAUGGUGGUGGUGGCGAGCAGUGGGGGAGGUCUGCCAUGUGGUGGGGCGGCAUGGCUAGCAGAUCAACCAGCACUGGUGCCGGCGUGACUAGCAGCCCUGCAUUUAUCUCCGCAGCACCACCAUCAUCAGCAUCUUGGCCUCAAAGCAACGCACCUGCUGGGCUCUCGGCGUUCGCCCAGGCCACGCGCUCCGACAACUCAACCCUGCUCUUCCUCUACCAGGUAUCAGAGGAGCACGUAGAGCAGGUGGUGGAGGUGAUGGGGUUGGCGCCACUCAUCACCCUCACAACAGACAUCGCAGCAGCAGACGCCGUGCUGGCCCUGCGCUCCAAGCUCAAGGGCAACGCGUGGCUCCGGGGGGUAGCCAAGUUCCGCCACCUCCCCAUCUAUGCUGUCAAGGCCAACACAGCGUCUCAGGUGGUGAGAGCCCUUCGUGCCAUCCUCAACCUCCCCACCCUCGCCUCUCCUCCUCCCUCCUCCUCCUCCUCCUUCACAUCCUCCUCCACCUCCUCGUUCUCCACCUCCGCCCCGCCUCCCUCUUUCCCUGCUCCUUCUCGCGCCGCGGCCCUUCCCGCCGCUGCUGCUGCACCAGCCACACCGCCAGACCAACUCCCGACCAUGCACGAUGAAAGCAGCAAGAGUGGCGGUAGCAGCAGCAUCGGCAUGCGCAGCGGCAGCAGCGGCAGUUGGGUGGGUGGGGCUGGAAAGGAACAGGAGGUGAUGAGAGGGGCUGGCGGAGGUUCAUUGGAGGACGAGAUUGAUGCUCUUGAGGAGGCGCGACUGGCAGCGGAGAGCAUGAUGGGGAGCGCAGCACAAGCAGUGGACCUGCUACCCCGCACCCCCCGUAUCCUCUCCCUGCAGCUGCAGCUUAUCAACGACUACCCCCUCUCCUGGCAGUAUGCUGGCUCUCCCCCCACCCGCCGCAUCCGCAUCCUCCCCCUCCCUGCCUCUGCUCGCUCGGAGCUUGCUCCAGCAGCUCGCUCUGAGCUUGCUCCAGCUGUCAUUGGUCGAUCCGAUUCUCCUGUUGGUGCCAUUGCUGGGCUAGCAGCCAUGGUUUUAAGACAAGGUCAGGCAACGCAAUCCUUGAACAUAUCGAACCACAAUCCGCGCAACCAAUCACGUUAUAGAAUGGCUUCCGCCAUCGCGUCCGCCGCUGCUGCAGCGGGCCCCUGCGCUGGUUUGAAGCGCGCGCAGUUGCGCGUCGAUUCAGGCAUUCAGAGCAGCACAGGUGGCACAGGAAAAUUAGGUCGCAGCAGCGCGAUUGCAGCGUUCAGCAGUAGCGUCAGCGCGCGUUUACGGACGUGUCAAAGCAGCCUUAGCGGGCAUCCGCAGGGACGCUAUGAGCGGCGAUGCGUGGCAGUCGCGGCAGCGGCGGAUUCGACGAGCGUGGAAUGGGACGAUCAAGGGCCGUCCGAUGCGCAUGUGUUUGCAGUGGUGUUCGGAACAGUAUCAACAGGAGCCGUUGUCCUCACUCUAAACGUGCAGCUGCUGGGCGGGCGCAUCAUAUUCUUCCAGAGCCUCUCCCUGCUCGGCUACUGCCUCGUGCCUCUCGACCUAGCCGCCCUGCUCUGCCUCCUCACCACUGCCAAACACGUCCGCAUGGCGCUCGUUUUAGUCACAUUCGCUUGGAGCUCCUCUGCUGCAUACCCCUUUGUGGCCAAGGCUGUUCCGGAGACCAUACCAGCACAGCAAUCCCUCGCAGAACAGCAGACAGCAUACCAGCACAGCAAUUCCUCGCAGAACAGCAGACAGCAUACCAGCACAGCAAUUCCUCGCAGAACAGCAGACAGCAUACCAGCACAGCAAUUCCUCGCAGAACAGCAGACAGCAUACCAGCACAGCAAUUCCUCGCAGAGCAGCAGACAGCAUACCAGCACAGCAAUUCCUCGCAGAACAGCAGACAGCAUACCAGCACAGCAAUCCCUCGCAGAACAGCAGACAGCAUACCAGCACAGCAAUUCCUCGCAGAACAGCAGACAGCAUACCAGCACAGCAAUUCCUCGCAGAACAGCAGACAGCACAGCAAUCCCUCGCAGAACAGCAGACACCACAGCAAUUCCUCGCGGAACAGCAGACACCACAGCAAUCCCCUACUCCCAGGGUGCUGGCAGUGUACCCUGUCUUCCUGCUCUGCUCUACACGGCUAUUGGCUUCCUUGUGCUCGCUAAUGACUAG